UUAGUGCAGUAACAAAAUAAGCAAUGGUAAUUGUGGAAAAAAUAAGACACGAGACUGAUUUGUCGUUGAUGGAGCAACAUUUUCCCGGCCGUAGCCGCAAUGACAUUAAGAAUAAGUUCAAAAAAGAAGAGAAGCUGAGACCGAAAUUUGUAGACAAAAUGUUGUCUGAAAGGAAACCAUGCGACCCAAACCAAUUUCUGGAUGAUGCAGAAGAUUCGAGCGGCGCAGAAAACGAAAACCAAGAUCAGUCAUUUAAAGAUAACAGUAAAUCCAAGACCACUUGGUGUUGGAUGUUGCUCCAUCAACGAGACCAACCACAAGAUCCUUUGUUCGACAAGCAGUCGGUCCUCGUCUCGUUUCAUGUGAUACAUAGGUGGUCAAGCGUAAUAACAAUCUUAGUUCUGCUAUCGACCGCUGUGGUGCGCAUCGGCGUAAACUGCGCACGACUUUUUGGCAUGUCUACUACUUUUUCAUUGGUAUAA